AUGCAGCGAUUGAGUCAAGAAAAUUUGAAAAACUUAAACUAGGAGAACUACAAGGCGCCGUAUCACGAAUAAGACAGUUUCAAAAACAAGAAGGGACUUGGCUAAGACAACUCUAAUAAAAAACAUCUGCAAAAUUACCUUAAUCAGAAUCUAUCACAAUCUGAUAUAAAUGGAGAAGGAGUGGGCAACAACUCAUCUAUGAUGAGGAGUGGCGUGCCAGUUGGUGCAGGAAUGGUAUCAAGUGCUCUGAAUUAAGCGAAUAAUGUCAAUGCUAGCAGAUUGAACAAAUCAAGUGCAGAUCAAACCCCAUUUCAAGGAUUUAAUGACAACUCAUUCAUCUCAUAAAGUAAAAAUGAUCCAAGGAAAAAUGAUAGAAAUUAUGCCUGUUUAAUUAUAAGGAAAAUGGAAUUUUUCUGCAGUAAGGUCAAUUUAGAAAAGCACUCUAAUUACCUUUUUAGAGUUUUUGAUAGGCAAGAGUAAAGUUUCAUUGAGGCAUAAAGAAAUGCGCAGAUACGCAUUAAGCUUCCAGAUAACACUAAGCCUGACAUCCUGAUCAUGUUUAUCGAUUAUAUAGACAAGGGAAAAGAAUUUCCCAAUAAAAUAGAUCUUUAUAUAGCCCAAAAUGUGGUUACUAUAGCCGAGGCACUAAAGAUGCGUUAAAUCCAAAAGAAAUUUUUAAUGGAGAUUAUCAUGCCUAUGCUGAACAGGGAAAACGUGAUAUUCUUUAUCAAGAUGUCUUAUCAUAAGCUGAGUGAUGGAAGGGACCAAUAAGAGGAUGAUGCAGCUAAAGAGGUCGAUGCUGAUUUAGAGUCAGUAACGACACAUAAAGAGGAGGAGGAUUUCUGGCUUGAAUUUCUUAGUUACACGCUUGACUUGGCAGCGGCUAAUAUAUAGUACUUAAUUAAGAAAAAAUCUACAGAACUGCAUGGAGUGCUUGAACCUAACAUAAUAGAUGAGAUAAUCGAAAGAGCCAUAAAGUUUUACAGAGCUGAUUUGCAAUAUGACAGCACCCUACUUUUUGAAACCUUAAUGAAGGUCAGAAACUGUGAUUCGAUAUUUUAACUGCUAGAUUAGGAAAAGUCAAAGAUUAUUGAAAAUGAGGAGUAAAUAUUGAAGUCAGGGGUGAGACCAAUACUUACUUGGAAAGUUCAAAACUUGAGUGGCAAUUUCUAUAGAGAAAGUGAUGGUUUUUGGGUGGAAAAUGCUUAAUGGAAACUGGCUAUCAGUUAUUUCUCUAAUGAUGAGGAUGCUUUAAGCGUGUCAUUGAAAAUGAUCAGCAAUCCCUUUGACGUUAAAAACUCCAAGGACUACUUCAAGAAAAAGGAAUUUUUCUUGCCAUCAAAUGUUGGAGUAUACAACCAAAACCCAAUAGAUGAGUAUGAGGAAUAUGAUAUCAAAGACAAGGAUGAAAUUAUGCAAAGAAGAAAGUAAAUAGAAAAAGCUAAUUCCGAGUAUCCUUCUCAUUCCUACAUUACUAUGGUAAGUGCAGUCAGGAUUCAUUCAAAUGAUGAGUUGAAGGAGCCACUUAUACAAUCACUAAUUUGUUCUGCUAAAUCACCUGCUUUGCUCAAGAAAUUUGAUGGGUUUUAUCCAGAAGAUUACGACGGAGAAGUUACAAUUGAAAUUUACUUUAAGCUAAAAUACAUCUACUCUGCUAUUUUGUUAUACAUAACUAGAAACUUCACAUAUUAAAUUACAGACCCAAUUAUAUAUCUACUCCCAAAGGAUCAAUAUAAGCUGAUUCUAAAGCAUAAACUUCUAAAUGUUACCUAAGAAGAUGAAGUAAUUAAAUCUCUUUGUUUAUGGAUGGAGGGUUAAGAGUCACGUGAGUCUUUGGAGAUUGAACUUAAAGAGUUACUUGAAAACGUUUAAUGGAACUAUGUCUCUAUUCCUUGUUUUCUUGAUCUCAUCAGAAACUUUUCUCUUUUGAGGAGACAUGAAUCCUUCAAAAAGAUAGUUCAUAAGGAAUUUAAUAUAAGAUUGAAAUUUAACCCAGAGACCACGAACUUAGACCCACCUAGAAACUGCUACAAAUAUAAUAAAACGUAGACAAAUCCAGAGUCUAUUACUAAAAAUCUUAAAAAUGCUAAGGCGUUGCUAUUUAUUAAUCAUGAGGAUUUCUUCACCAAGUUUUUAGAUUAAUUGCUUGAACCUGUUGAUGUGAUUAGGACCCACUUAGUAAAUGAAGGUGUCUCAGAAAGCAGUCAUCGCAAAUUUUUGGAAUUGCAGCUGCAGUAAAAAUAGAAGGAGCUGAUAGAUAUACAGAUGUAACUUAAUAAUAUGAAACUAUUAGAUGAUUUAGACAAUAGUAGAUCUAACUCAAGACUAUAAAGAAGGAAUUCUUCGAGGCAACAGUACAAUUAAAGUAGGCAAAAUGGUAGAUCAUCUAUUGAUGAGCAGGAAACAGUAAAAAAUUCUAUGAUAAAUUUGCUUCAUGUGAUUGAUGGCAGUGCUUAACCUGCCUAGUAGACCAACGGCAAUCAUCUCAGAAAUAUCAGUAAUGAGAUUGUUUAAUAGAUGCAAUUUAAUGCUAAUGAGCAAGUAGAAUCCCCAUUUGAAGUAUAUGAAAAUCAAGUAUAGCCAGGCAAGCAGAAUUAGGUGCAGAUACUGUUCCAAAGUUUGACUGAAGAUUUGAGAGAUCAAGAUGAAAAUGAAUAAACAGUAAAAUUUAACAAUGGCAUUGAUCCUGGUAAUACGAAUUACUAGAGACAGGGAGAUGAUGAUCAAGAAGACAUGGAUGAGGAAGAAAAAGAAGAGUUUAAUGUUCAUAAUUAAAUACUAAAUGACAGAUCUAACAGUCCAGAGUUAAAUUUUAAUCCUUCUCUAGUUAAUCAGUAGUUGAAGCAGUAGUUAUAACUCCAAUAGCAAUAGUAAUAGCAUUUUCAUCUAAGAAACAAUGAUGAUCUAGCAUCAUUUAACUGCAAUUCAUUCGUAGUUGGAGGGGCUGCUCUCAAUCGAUAGGAAGAAGUUUAGGUGCAUGAGAACAAAGAGAUAUAGACAUCCUUGAAUUUCAUAAUCACAUCACAUUUGAAGUCUAGGGUAUCCAAUACCUAGCUUUCGCACAACAGUUCUCGAUAGUUCAUGGACUAAGGGAUCUAAAUGAGCAAUGCCAGUGUCGGUAUUGAUUUUAAAGACAUACUCUAGGAUGAAAGUAUUAGGAAAAGCGAUGUAAUAGUUCAUUCUAAUAUAAAGGAAUAUGUUAAUCAAAGCAUCUAAUUCGAGUUAAUACAGCAGGAUUAAGAUGAAGAUGAGGAGAUUAAGUUGGAUGUGGUAAAUAUUGGCUUGAAAACAGAAAACUGCUCAAACAGUAGGUCGAGUGAACUGGAUAAAGAGUUAUCGAACAAUAGCAAUAAUCAACAGUAGAGUUCAGAAACCCAUGAACUAAAAGUCAAGAGAACCAUAAAAUUUGAUGAAAAUAUUGCCUCGCUUCCAAGUGAAACAAUAAAGACAAAGUAGCACUAGCCCAACUAAAGACCAAAGCAAGCCAACUAGGAAUAGAACAGAAAUAUCUUGAAUAAUGAUUAACAAUACUAGAAAAGUAUUCAAGAGUACAUGCAAUUCGUGUAGCAGCUAUCAAAGGAUGAAUUUGAUAAGAAUUUCUUAGAAUAGAUACUGGGACCUUCAGACUUCAGCACUCAUAAUGUCUUUACCUUUUAGAAUCAAGACCUUCAGACUGUUCAAAACAAGAGAACAAACAACCUUUAAGUAUCACAAAGCCAUUAGAAGUAACUAGAUGAAAGAAUAGCCAAGCACAUACUGUAAUCUGAUAAGAGUUCAGCAUUCAAUGGCAACAACAACCCUAUUAGUACUUAGGCAUACACUCCUAUGUCAAAUAAUAACUAGUCUAUGAUGGCUAGCUUUUUCAACAAUUAAAAUAAUACUAAUCUAAACACUCUUGUAAACUACUCAUCCUCUAUUGGAUCUAACUUCAAUCUAUCAGGCAAGAACUUUAAGACUCCAUCUUCGGCAAAAGGUGGAAUGACUCUAACUUAAAUGAAUCACACAAACAUGGAGGCAGCUAGAGGGGCAGCUAACCAUUAAUAGUACCUUAAUUUACAGCCCAGGGCAAAGUCUUAGAAUAAUAACUACAGAGGCUAGAAAAUACAUUAAAAACGUGCAACAAAUGCUCAGAAACUUAACGUUCAGUCCAAUAAAAAUGUUAAUUUAAACAGAACUGAAAAUCAGAUAAGAUAGACUCAUAAAAGUAUGAACAGCAGCAUUACAAGGAAUAAGUCAUCAAUAUCUAAUUCACAUUCAAAUACUGGGCUUCAGUCAGCCAAGAAUUCCUAACUUGCUAAAUUUACAUCAAAUUCCAAUAAUCAAUUCUCACUUCGCAAUAGAAAUCUAGAGAAUAGCAAUAGUAGCGCUCUCAAGACCAAUAUUAAAUAGAUUAAUAAGCAAGGCAUGGUGGUUUCAAAUUAAACUUAGUAAAUAAAGGGUGGAAACACUAUCAAUGGAGGUAAUAAUAAUCAGAAAGUAGUUUCACUUUAGAAACUGUUAGAAAACACAGCAAAUCUAUCAUAAAUGGAUAAUGACCUUUGCUUGAUGCCCUAGAAUCUUCUGGCUUGGACAGGCAACUCUGACAACUAAAAUUUUCAAAGCUAACUUCAGCCUUAGAAUCUGUUUGCAUCAACCUUAAUUCCAGAUAACAUAAACCUGCCAUUUGACAUUACAGCUUAGAUUGCUAACUUUAACAUUCUAGAUCAUAUUUAAGUUAAGCCUUCCGGCAAUAAUGCUAGCGGUUAUAAUAAGUAGAUUAUCAAAGGUAAGAAUAUUCCUUCAUUAUCCUCAAAUGCAAAUAAUUCACGCCUACUCAGUAAUGGCUAAAGCCCAUCGAGUAAUUACCAUAGCAAAAAUGGAAAUCCAGUAUAUGAUUUUCAGAGGGCAAAUGCUACUAUUAAAAAUCCUUAAAUUCGUCUAGGUACGAUUGAGGAGUCCAAAAUGUCAGAACUGCUUCACAAUGCAAACAAUGAAGAUAGGAGCACUGCCCAUUUCAAUCAGCUGAAUGGCACUUAAAAUCUGAUAAGAAACAUUGGCAACAACACUAUAAGCCUCAACUUGAUGGGCCACUAGUAAAUUAGCAGUGCGACAAAUUCUUCCCAUUAAGUAAUAAAUCUAGAUCAUUAAAAUGAAAGAGGUGGUUCUGUCUCUUGA